AUGGCGAAUGAGAUCAAUACAAAGCUUAAUUCUGAGUUGGAAUCGAGAAACAAAGAGUCCGCCGUAGGAAAGGCUGAGGGAUUGGAAUCUGUGAAGAGAAACAAAAACUCCGCCGUGGAAAAGGCUGAGGGAUUGAAAUCUGUGAAGAGAAACAAAGACUCCGCCGUGGAAAAUGCUGAGGGAUUAAAGCUUCAAUUGGCAGAGAAACAGAGCAGCUCUCUGAAACCACGAAUUCGAAAGCCUAAAAUUCGAGCUCGAAUCGACGAAACAAAAUCUGGCUCUGCUAAAAACGAGCUAAAAGGAAUUAAAGCAAAGAAAGGAAGAAACAGAGAACUUGAGACAACAUUGAAAACCAUAGAAGAAAAGAACAAAACUCUGUUACAAGAGGCAAGAAAAGAGGCUGAUUUAUACAAAAGCACAGUAGAUAGGCUGAGAUUAGAAGCAGAAGAAUCUCUAUUAGCAUGGAGUGGAAGAGAAACAAGCUUAGUGGAUUGUAUAAGAAGAGCUGAAGAUGACAGAUACAAUGCGCAACAAGAAUCGCCGCUUAAUGGAUUCGCUGAGGCUAGCCGAUCUCAGAACAUGACAUCAAAAGAAGAGAUCAAGAAAUUAAGAGACAUUCUAAAACAAGCCUUAAAUGAAGCUACUGUGGCCAAGGAAGCUGCAGGAAUUGCAAUAGAGGAGAAUUCACAGCUAAAAGAUUGUUUAGUCGAGAAGGAAAAUGCAUUGGAUUUUGUUAGCACUGAGAAUGAGACUCUAAAAGUCAGCCAAGCUUCAGCUCUAGAGGAGAUUAAGGAGUUGAAGCAAUUGCUAGAAGAAGCAACCAAGAAAGAAGGGAACGGUAAAGAGGAAAGCAAGAGCAAAGAGGAGAACAAGAGCAAAGAGGAGAGCAAGAACAAAGAAGAAGGAAAAGAGCAAGUGGAGAUGACGAAAUCAAAACCGCCGUUGAGUCCAAGUCCAAAUCAGAAUCCAAGUCCGAGUCCAGCGAGAAGGAGGAUACAUUUGGAAAAGGCUGCACGAGAGAGGCCAUCGUUGUCUCAGUAUAGUGAAGAUGGGGAGCUGAUGCAUUUUGAUGGUGAGGAUCUGGAUCAGUUGGAAGAAGGGAAUUUGGAUGAGUUAGAAGGAGAUAGGAAUUCAAGGAAGAAGAAGGCAUUGAUAAGGAGAUUUGGGAUCUUUUGA